GAGAUGGAGCGCUGGGUGAGGGAGUGUGGAGUGGAGACCAGCUCCCAGGCGGUAGCCCUCGCAGAAGGUUUCCUCCUGAGCCAGGUAGAAGAGAAGAAGCUGGCAGAAAUGCAGGUUCAGGAUUCCUUCAUGGAACAAGGUGCUCAAGAACCCCAAGCACACACAGAUGUGUCAUCUCUCUCUCAGGAACCAGCCUUUUGGGGGAUCACCCAAGAGGAUCCAGCUCAGAUCACGUCAGCAGGGAAUGGAGCAAUCCUGAGGUUUCAUGCAGAAAUGCCUUUUCUUUGUGGUGGAACUGAAACUGCAAUUAUCAUUCCAACUCAGUGUCAGAAUCGUAUGUCAUUUGAAGAUGUAGCUGUGUUUUUUUCUGAAGAGGAGUGGGCCCUGCUGAAUCCUGAGGAAAAAUUGCUGUACAGAGAGGUCAUGUUGGAAAAUGCAAGGAAUGUGGCUUGUGUGGGCAAAAAGUGGGAGAACGAGGACUUUAAGAAGGAGAUGACAAAGCACUCACCAACAGUCAAAAAUGAAAUCAGAGAAAGGAUGUUCAGAGAUAAACAGGAAGUGCGAAGACCUGAGGAAAACCAGCUAAACAGAGAGCCAGAGAAAGCCUCCGCUUUCAAUUGUGCAGAUAACAGUGUGUUCCUGGCCAAAAAAUAUCACCAAGAAAGCAGAAUGUGUCCAGGGUGUGGAAAAGUAUUGAAAGAGGAAUCAGGAUUGUGUCGAUAUUGCAGAAGGCACCCUGCGGAGGCACAGCAUGAAAGUAGGGAACGUUCUUCUUGGGCCUUUCCUCUUACUUUAAAUCAAAAUAUAUCGCUUGGAGGAAAAUUAUAUAAAUGUGUGGAAUGUGGAGAGAGCUUCAGCCAGAGUAGCCAUCUCAAUAAUCAUCAAAAGUGUCAUGUCCGGGAGAAGCCGUAUCAAUGCAUGGACUGUGGGAAGAGCUUCCCACAGAAAAGUCAACGUAUGACUCAUGAAAGGAUCCACCGAGGAGAAAAACGCUAUCCAUGCAUGGAGUGUGGAAAGAGCUUCAUUAAGAGAAGUUACCUGACUUCCCACACGAGAAUCCACAGAGGGGAGAAACCCUAUCAAUGUGUGGAGUGUGGGAAGUGCUUCACUCAGAGAAGCCACCUUGCUUCCCAUAAGAGGAUCCACACCGGGGAGAAACCGUAUCAGUGUCUGGAGUGCGGGAAGCGCUUCAGUGAUGCAAGUCACCUCACUUCCCAUAAAAGGAUCCACACCGGAGAGAAGCCAUAUAAAUGUAUGGAGUGUGGGAAGAGUUUUAGCGUGAACUGCUCCCUUACAUCCCACAUGAGGAUUCACCGAGGAGAAAAACCCUAUCAAUGCACGGAGUGUGGAAAGAGCUUCAUUAAGAGAAGUUACCUGACUUCCCACACGAGAAUCCACAGAGGGGAGAAACCCUAUCAGUGUGCGGAUUGUGGGAAGCGCUUCUGUCAGAAAAGCCGCCUUACCUCCCAUAAGAGGAUCCACACUGGGGAGAAACCAUAUCAGUGCCCGGAGUGCGGAAAGCGCUUCAGUGAUGCAAGUCAUCUCACUUCCCAUAAAAGGAUCCACACGGGAGAGAAGCCGUAUCAAUGUAUGGAGUGUGGGAAGAGUUUUAGUGUAAGCAGUUCCCUUGCAUCCCAUAAAAGGACCCACACAGGGGAGAAGCCAUACAAAUGUACGGAAUGUGGAAAGAGCUUCACUGCAAGCAGUUCCCUUAGUUCUCAUAAAAGGAUCCACACGGGGGAGAAACCGUACAAAUGCACGGAAUGUGGAAAGAGCUUUAGAAAGAGCAGUUCUGUUACUUCCCACAGAAGGAUCCACACGGGAGACACCAUAUGAGUGCGCUGACUGUGGAAAGAACUUCAGAGAGAACUUCUGAGGUUAUGAUCCUCGUGCAGAAAUGUCGAUGGAAGUGGAUCAUGAACUGGCAAGGCUGAAGGAAGGAAAAUGAGGAAUCAUCGCCCAGAUGGGAGGUUAUAAAAUUUGAUAUAUGAUAGAUAGACAGACAGACAGACAUGAAACAAAAAGAAAUGAAAUGAAAUGAAAAGAUAGCAGAUAAGAUUUAAGAUGAUAAGAUGGUGGACAGGAUCAACAUUACUGAAAACUCUUGGAACAGCUACAACGAAUUGAGUCUGUCAUUUGCACCUCUAUAACUGUCUGGUUUGGCACUGCAACCAAACAAGACAGACACAGACUUCAGCGGAUAGUUAGGACUGCAGAAAAAACAAUUACAACCAGCCUGCCUUCCAUUGAGGAUCUGUAUACUGCACGAACCAGAAGGGCUGAGAAAAUACCUACAGACUGCUCACAUCCUGGACAUAAUGUUAUUUCAACUCCUUCCUUCAAGAUGACGCUACAGGGCACUGCACACCAAAAUAACCAGACACGACAGAUUUCCCCUCCCCCCAUGCCAUCACUCUGCUAAACAAUUCCCAGAGCACUGUCUCAUUUCUCGUCUUUUCUCAUCUUCUCCUACUGUCUUCUCCUAUUGGUUUCUUAAGAUUUAUCAAUUGUUUGUAACUGAUGAUUAAUGAUUGCAACUAUGAUUUAUACUCUUAUGACCUAUUAAUUGCUGUUUGUAUGAAUACUGUGAGCUUAUGCACAGAGACAAAUUCCUUGUGUGUCCGAUCACAC